AAGAUGGAAACUACCACGGCAAGCUAUGAUAGUCGCGCGACUGUUGUAUUAUUCCCCUAGCGUCGUUAGGGUUUUAUUAUCGCUUUUCGCUGUUGGAGACUCGUAGUCGCGAAGCCAUCACAGAGUCGCCGACCUUGGAGGGGAACGAGGAGCGAAAAUGCCGUCCCACAAGACUUUUAAAAUCAAGAAGAAGCUGGCGAAGAAGAUGAGGCAGAACAGGCCCAUCCCCCACUGGAUUCGUAUGAGGACCGAUAACACUAUCAGAUAUAACGCGAAACGGAGGCACUGGCGCCGUACUAAGCUAGGGUUUUGAGGUCGAUGCGGUUUCUGCUUUUUGUUUUCCUUAGUCGUAUUAGGAUUCUUGCAGUACAUGAUGAAUUUGACAGGGACGCUAUUUGAUAUUGUGUACCCCUGAUCUAUUGGGUUUUGUUUCGUUGUUAUUUUUCAAUGGAUUACAUUUAGACCUUAUGUAUUUCAAGGGGGUGAUUUUAAGUGGAUACUCAUUCUGAAA